UGUUCAGAUGAGGAAGAGGAGGAGGAAGAGGGGGGAGGGCGUGUCUCUCCUCCUCCUCCCUCCUUCACUGCUGCCGCUGCAGAUCGAUGUGACGGUGUUUGUACCUGAGGACUGAACCCUACCUGUGGAUCCUCUCCCGGCAGCAGCACCAUGGGGGUCUCCGCGUCCAGUCUGCUGGAUGAGAACAAAUCCAACUACAUCAGAGGCCAGGCCGAGGCCGAGCUGAAGGACUUCAGUCCGUACUACAGGAAGCAGUUCUCUGUGGCUCGGUUCUCUCAGGUAGAAGACGACCUGGAGCAGCACAAAGAGAAGAUCACACAGCUGCUCAGACAGAGGGAGGCUCCUGAGGAGGCCGAGGUGCUGUACGAGGAGGUCGUCCUUUACUUUGACGACACCAGGAAGUGGAGGGAGAGGUACAUGGUGGCGAGAGCCAACUACUGCCUGGAGUGUCACGAGAGCCUGGAGAGCUUUGUUAAAGGAGUUCCUCCGCGCCACAAGCUGCUGCCUACGGGGGGCACUGUUCUGACCACAGAGGAGAAGUACAUGGCCAUGGUGGACAGGUGUUUUCCUGACGAUACCAAUGUGAAGGAGGACUUUGCCCCCCCUCUGUCGGGGAUGCCGGGUCAGUUUCCAGUCUACCUGCGUCUGCCCUACAGGAGAGACUCCUACUUCUGCUUCAAACAGGAGGCCAAGCAGGACGCCUUCCUCUCCAUCCUGUCAGACUGCAUCAGACACCAGAACCAAGACUUCCUGAAGAAGAAGACGUGUGAGGUUCAGGGCUUCCUCAAAGCCAUCCAGCUCUACAGGCAGGACAAAGGCAAAUACGAGGCCUGGGACCUGCUGAUAGGAAGUGACGUCAGGGUGAUGGCCAACGUGGUGAUGGAGCAACUGCUUCCGUCUCUGGAGAAAGAUAUGCUGCCUCGUCUCAAAGCCAAGAAGACCGAGAAGAAGAGAGUUUGGUUUGCUACGGUGGAGGCGGCGUACAUCCUGGUCCAGGAGCAUCUGUUGGAGGGACUGUCGGCGCUGAAGGAAGAGUGUCGGACGUCGGUCCGGCAGCAAGAGGUGCUGAUCCACUCCGACAUGGACCAGAUCCUCAACUCCAGACGGCAGCUGGAGGAAAAAGUCCGAGCCAAAGUAUCGGAGCCGGCGGAGAAGCUGUACUCGGAGUCCGUCCAGCCGUACCUGGGCUCAGUCCUGGAGGAACUGAUGGAGCCAAUCAGCUCCGGUUUCCUGGAGGGACGACAGCUGAGUGAGAACAUGAUGGACCAGGUGUGUCAGGACGAGAACGAGCAACUGAAAGAGGAGAAACUGCAGCACCUGCAGGAGAGCAGGCAGGAGCACAGCACAGAAACCUUGGCUUCCUGGCAGAUCGACAUGCAGCUGGGAUCCACACUGAUAGAGAACGCAGCUUACACGUUUGAGCAGCUGCUGCACAAAGCCGUCCAGGACAACCCAAACAGCGCCGGCUCUGCCAUCGAAAAGGCCAAACACAGAGUGCUCAAGCAAUACGACUAUGAUAGCAGCACAGUGAGGAAGAGGAUCUUCCAGGAGGUUCUCGUUUCCAUCACACUGCCCUUCAUCAAGAAGAACCUGGCCCCCACCUGCAAAACUGAACUUCAGGGUCUUGAACAGUUCAUCUAUUCUGACCACUCCAAUUUCAUCCAUGUUGAGAAUGUUUAUGAGAGCAUUCUCCUUCAAACUCUGGACAAGGAGGUCACCAAAGUGGUGAAGGAAGCGGCAAGCCUGAAGAAAUACAACCUGUUCACAGACAGCAGAGACCUGGUCAGCCAGUCCAGCCGGUCCAGCCUCUCCUCCCCGUCCGUCUCCACUCCAGGCAGCCCCGCCAUGGCGCUUGCCUCCCCUUCUAAACCGUCCUUUGAACCCCAGUCCCCCUCGCCUCUUGUGGUCAACGGUCUGUCUUCCGGCCCCCAGAAGGAAGAGCAGCGGGAGAAAGAGAAUGGCGUGCUGCAGAGUGAAGCCUCAGCGGACGUGACAGUGAUUGAGACGCCUCUGGGGAAAGUUGAACAGAAAGAGGUCGCUCAGAGUGUCGUCGUCAGUCAGGAGAAAGAGAUGCCUGCAACCCAAGCAGAAGAUGUCAUCCAAACUGUGAAAGCAGAAGCAGAUGCCCCUGUUGCACCUGAGACAGCAGCUUUAGCAGACACGACCACUCCGAACGAGACACAGGAAGUCAACGUAGCAGCAGCCCCAGAGACUUCGAUCCAAGAGGAGGUGACUUCUGUCAAGACAGAAAAAGUCGUGGCAGCUGCUGAGCUGGAGAUGCAGAGCACAGAUGCUCUAGAAGAAGCAGAAACAGCUUUGGCAGUAAUUCCCACAGUUGUAGAAAGUUUAAAGAUGGAUGCAGAAGAAGCAGCAGCAGCACAAACGGAAGCUCCUGUACCAACUCCUGAUCCUGCAAAUGCACCAGUGCCCACUUCAGCAGUGGGAACUGGUUCCCAGCCAGUAGCCAGCAGUGAAGGAGACAGACAGUGCGAGAGCUCAGAAGUCGAGUUAGAGGCACCCUCUAGUGGUGAAGCACCUGUAGUCACACCUGGAGAUGUUGGUCUGGACAUGAAGGAAAACACAGCAGAGCCGGUUACUGUCUCAGACCCUAAUUCUAUGGAUUUGUCAGUAGAAAGUGAGUCACCCCCCUCAGAUGUGGAGCCCACCGAGGACGUCAAAGCAACGCAGAGCAGCGAGGACAAAGUCUCAACAACCUCUGAUGUCUUAGAGGAUGAGGCUAACGUCAGUAAGUUACCUGUGCGCUCAGACGAUGCACCUGAGGACAAAAGCACCAGCAACGAGCUGUGUCCGUCUCAGACCCAGACAGAGGCGUCGAGCGGCGACGUCAGUGUGAGCGGGGACAUCGAAGCAGGAGCGAGUGUAAGUGUGGAGGCGUCAGUGGAGGCAGCAGAUGCUACAACCUGUCUGUCUCCUGAGCCUAUCCAAGAGGACACCCUGUCCAGCCCUGAAGCCCCGCCGCUGGACUCCAUCAAGGAUAUCCGUGACCUGGUGAUGGAGGUGAUUGAGGUGGAGGAGCUGGUGCAGCAUUACCCCAGCGGAGUUCCAAAAGACGAAUAAAGCUUCAUGACUGAUCGCAACUGCAAUAGAGGACAUGUCGGUUCUUUCAGAAGGACGAGGGACUAAAUAAUUAAGGGUGUUCUACUAUGGUCUGAUGAAGGGAACCAAAUUAUUACCAGAAUAUAACGGUAGCUUCCAUCGCUGAGAAAACUGCCCCUCCACUUUAAACUGUCCCCACGUUAGAACAAGGUAACUUUUUCUGAGCAGAAACAUAGACAAGACUCCUGAGAAACAUUCACGAAAGCUUCCACGAACUUAAACACAUACACAUGAAAUUGUAGUAAAUUAUUUAUAUAAAAUCAUUACAUGAUUAUGUGUCCGCUGUAUAAAACCAACAAAUCUGUUUCAUUCAGUAAGUUUGAUGUAUUUUUUUAAACUACCGUUAUUUCAGCACGAAAUUGUUUUAGAAAACUUAGAUCGAGAAUUAUUUUAUGACAGAAGAUUGUGAAUAAAUUUAUGGAAAUCUCAUUAUGAUGUGGUAGAUAAUGAAUCUAUUUUAAAGGAAUAGUUAGACCAUUCUGGCAAAUUUGCUCACACACUUUCUGUCUGAGAGUGGCGUGUGAGGAUUUAUGUCGAUCUCAUGUCUGUAUGUGAGCUGACGUCAGGAUGUGGUUAGCCUAGCUUAGCAUAAAGACUGGAAGCAGGUGGAAACAGCUAGCCUGGCUCGGUCCAGAGUUAAAAAAGACACUUAGCAACAUAAUAACAUAGCACAGUUCCCACAAUGUCAGACUAUUCUUUUAAACAGACUACAUGACCGCGAAGCCACAGUAGUGUCACAAUUUCAUUUUUUAUUCAUUUUGAAACUAGAGACCAUCUUGCGAUGGGAUCACGCCAGACGCAACGCACGUCAACAUGUUGACGUUCCGACCCAUGAGCACUCAGUGAUCAUUACUACAUUACUGGAAAUCAUUUGUACAUAAUGCAGCUGGUGUGAUCCCGUUGCAAGAUGGUCUGUAGUGUUACCAAUGUCUUAGUGUGGACGGGGAUGAUUGAAACUGUGGCACACUGAUCCACAACUUAAAACGAAUGUGGGCCAGGGGUGUAAAUUGGGGGAGGGGCAGGUGACAGAUAUUUUAAUAUAUUGGACCACAUGAUCUAGACCAAUACCACUGUCGAAUUCACAGUAAAGCUGUACUUUAAGCACGUUAUUUUCUCCUUAAUGUGAUUUUGUUUUUGUUUUUUUUGACCUACUGAAAAAUUUCAUUAACUAAAAAAAGCUCAUCAAAGUGCCUUUCCUGUACCUCCAUGUUGUCCUCACUUACCUUAGAUCUCAUGAAGAAGGAAACCAGCCUCCAUCAUAUGUGGAUGUGGGUGUCAGAGAGACUGGGCUGAGUCUCAACACCUUUGCUUGAGCUCUCCACCAAGUGCCUUUUACCUGUACAGACAUCUUAUGCAGACAGGGUUAGUAGUUCACAGUUUCAGAGCAGUGAGGAACAUUUGACCAUAAACUGUCCACCAGAUGAGUGCUGGUUAAUGGGAACAGUGUGGAAAUAUUAUUAAUAAAAUAAAAGAGUCUACAAAUAAACAUUUCCUCAAAUUAUUUUU